AUGGCCCUUUCCGGCAGUUUGGAUAAACUCUAUUUUUCAUUACGGGAAGCUGCUGAGAAGAAUGGAGAAGCGAUGAAAAAUGCACUUGAAGUGCAAUCUGCCAUCGUACAGGCGAACAAAAGGAAAGAUGAGCUCAAAAUUGCGCUCGAAGCCACGCAGAACAGAGAAGCUGCUAUUAAGGCAAGGAGAUUGCAAAUCGACGAAGCAAUCCAAAAUAUGCAGAUGCAGGUUACAAAUGCAACGCUUCGAAAGCAGGAAUCCAUUGAGGAGGCCAAACGAAGGUGUGCAGAUGCAGUCAGGAAGGCGCGCAUCGACAGAGAGAAAGAGUUGGAGCAGGUGAAGAUUGAUCACAAGAAGGCGCUUCAGGUGCUUCAGGAGGAGCAGGAGAGUGAAAUCCGUGACUCCAUCACAAGAGACACAAACGCUUGGGCUCUAGCUCUCAUCUGUGAUGGACCUCCUUUGCUGCAGCAACUAAUUAGAAGAAUUCAUUCUAUUCAAAAUACUGCUAUAUUUAUGGGAAUGAAAUUAGUAGUAAUAGAUGUGCUACAAGGCAUCCUAGGCAACGAUACGUAUGGUGCCUCAGGUGGUAUAUCCUUAGUACAUGACGAGAGCGUCGUGAAGUUGAAACAGACUUCCCAUGAUCAAGCGAGGGCAGCCAUAGGCGGCGACGACAAGGUUCGGGCCUCAGGAAAUGUAGAUAGGGCAGGUGAUGGUGCCGCGCGUGAUGGCGAAAGGCUUGCUAUGUCGAGCGGAGAAUCGUACAUCCAUGAGCCACGCCGGACAAGUUGCGGGCGCCUAGAUCACUUUAAGAGCGUACAGGUGCAGAAGAAUGUUGAGGAAACUCACAAAGAGCCUCCCUCUAACGACCUUGACGACGUCGCACCAAUUCUAUCUCCUCGUCAGAUGCGUUGA